CUCCUUACCCUCUUCCUAUUUUCCCUCCCCCUCCUCCUUAACUUUUCUCUCCUCUUCUUGUUUUCACGACCUCUCCUCAUCUUCUAAUGGAGGAGAGGGUCCCCUCUUUCCCUGAUAUUCAGAAACAAGAAGAAGAAGAACAUCAACAACAACCGCAACAAGGACGUCAACCACAAGUAUCGCCAUUUUCACCGUCACCAUCACCAUCUCCUCAACAACGUCACCACCAAAUAUUAUCACCCUCGCCAAUACCAUCUCCAUCUCCAUCACCACAACAAUUACUUCCACCACCACCCGGCCAAGCAGCAUUCCCUAUCACCACCGGAUCAGGACGUACCUACAUUGUUCAAGUACCUAAAACUCAGAUUUAUCGUGUUCCACCACCGGAGAAUGCUUUAAUUAUCGAACGCCACCUUAAACCUGAAAACCAGGAAAAUCCACGUUGCUCAUUCUUGUUUUGGUUCUUCAUUAUCAUCGGCAUUAUACUUGUGGUGUUGGGUGCGAUUGUUGCCGUUAUAUAUUUCACUGUUAGGCCUCAAGAACCUAUAUAUCUGGUUGAUAAAGUGGUCGUUCAAAAUCAAGAUUCUUCGCCUCAUCGUCCUCAAUAUCACAUCACAUUAAGAAGUAGGAAUCCUAAUGAGCGAAUGGGUAUUUCUUAUCAAGAUGGAGGAAGUGCAACACUCUCCUACAAACAAAGCCAGAUUGCGAAAGGAAAUCCUCCAAGUUUGUACCAAGAUAACAAAGAAACGAAGAACAUUCGAAUAGAUCUUAAGAGUUUGCAUAUUGUCUUGCCCCACGAAGUCUUAAAGAGUAUGAAAGACACGACACCGAAAGCGAACGCAAGAAUUGCUUUAACGUUAACGGUAAAUGUCCCGGUGACAAUGAAAAUCGCGUUUAUCAGAUCAUGGGACCUUGAUAUGGUUAUUACUUGCAAUUUUAGGGUAAGUUCUUUGGAGAAAAAUAUACGUGUAAUAUCUCAGGAAUGUGAUACUAAGCUCUAACAAGUAAGGGUGAUGGUGGUUUUGUGUUGGUGGCAAUGGUAGUAGUGGUGGUGAUAAUGCAUUUAUAUGAAGGUUUUUCAUUACUCUUUUUUACUUUUUUAUUUUUCUCCAUUUCGGAAUUUUGUUAAAUGUUUGUUUUCUUUUGUGAAGUAUAUAGAUCACAAUGCAAGGAGAAAUUAGAUGAGAUCAUUCUAAUCUUUCAAUUCUUGGUCUUCUUGGAAGAUUUUCGGAUUUCAGACUUCAGUAUC